AAGUGACAUCUUGCUUACUACUUUGCAUGUGAUCACUGAUUGGCCAAUCAGUGAUCACAUGAUCGGGACCUCGUACAGAGGUCCCGUCCGACGAUCGGUGUUUCACUGUGUCCGGAGGACACAGCGGGCACUGGAUCGCGGUGCUGUUCGCUCCCAGGGAGCGCGCACAGCUAGAAAAGGCGGGUGGAUUAUACCGUGUUUUUCCCAGGACAAAUUGGGAUUUCAUUUGGUGGUAAAUGGUAAUGGAUAUCUCCAGAUUUUUUUUUUUUAUUAUCAAAGGAAAACUGGUCCAAAAUAGUAAAAAU